CACGCAAGAUUCUAUACUUCUCCAUCAAUCCAAAUAUGCCCGUGAUCUUCUACGCCGAGCUGGGAUGUCCGACUGUCAUCCGGCUAUUACUCCUAUGGCUACGAGACCUAUCACUAAGCCUUCGUUGCCUUUCAAGGAUAUUUCUCAUUUUCGGAGCAUUGUUGGCGGUUUACAUUACUUGGCUGUCACUCGUCCAGACAUUCAGGAAGAGUUUAAAGAUUAUGAUGAUGAAGGGGGCGUUUGGUUCGAAGGGAAACCAUUUCCUUAUUCUAACCCUUCUACCCCCUUCCCCAACCCUUCUAUUUUCCAAGUCGCUGCUCCGUUUCUUCCUCGCCGCCACACACCUUCUCGCCGCUGCAACUCCAUCCGCCGCAGCCCAGUACAGAUAGAUAUGGCGACAACGGCGGAAGAAGAUCAGCCUCUGAACUACAUAGACGAGGUUGUCCUGAAGAAGAGGAGGAACAAUGAGGAGUGGGCAAUACGAAGGAAGCUUCAACUCGAGCAGAAACUUAGGAAGCUCAAGUCUGAUAGCUUCAUCAUCAAGAAGCCCGAACAGUUCGUCAGGGAUUACCGCAAUAGGGAGCUUGACCUUGUACGAAUGAAACACAGGAGUAAAAGACGAAUAUCAGUGCCCCGAACUCCCAAGCUACUUUUUGUCAUACGUAUUGGAGGGAAAACUGAUAUGCAUCCAAAAACACGGAAACUUUUAUACUCGUUGAGGCUUAGGAGACUAUUCAACGGGGUAUUUCUAAAGACAGAUGAAAGAACAUUGGGAGUUUUGCAAAAGUUGGAGCCUUUUGUCACAUAUGGAUGUCCCAAUCUCAAGAAUGUGAAGGAUCUUAUCUACAAAAAAGGGAUGGGAAAAGUUGAUGAACAGAGAGUGCCAUUGACAGACAAUAACAUCAUCGAACGGGCAUUGGGUCAACACGGCAUAAUCUGUUUAGAAGACGUUGUCAAUGAGAUUGCCAAUGUUGGUCCACACUUCAAGGAAGUAAGUAGAUUUCUGUGCCCCUUCACUCUGAACAAGCCAGGAAAAGCCUUGCAGGGAAAUAAAAAGCGAUUCACAGACGGAGGAGACACUGGGAACCGAAAAGAUCAGAUCAAUGACUUGAUCAGUAAGAUGAAUUAGCAUAAGCCGUGUCUUGUACUUUUGUUACUUGAGAAUUGGUUGAAGUUAACUCUCUAUUGCUGAAGAAUUUUCUCCAGUUAACAGUUUUAAGAUUUUUGUGAGGUUUAUACAUCCAUUUUAUAGUUUAAGCUUGUGGAACACCGUGCUUCGCGUUUCUUCCCCCACCCCCAACCAUUGGAUAAAUUGUGUAUUUCAAAUUUGAGUUCUUUCGUGGUUUUAAGAUCCAUAUGUAAAAACAUAAAUCCUUCACACUUUUCAUGGGCUAUCAAGUAGAUCUUGUUUUUUAAUUAACAAAAGGCUUGAUUUGUU